UCUGCCUUCAUCACCCCCCGGCCCCGCGAGGACGUGCUGCGCUUCAGGAUUGACGUCUUCAGGUUCGCGGGAGACACCAGGAACCUGAUCUAUAUCACCUGCCACCUGAAGGUGACCCCAGCGGACCAAGCCCCAGACCCCCUGAACAAGGCUUGCUCCUUCAACAAAGCCAGAAACACCUGGGCGCCUGUGGAAGGCACCCGGGACAUCUGCAGCUGCUGCGAGACGGGCCACU